AUGGGAGGGAAUCAUCAUCACGCCUCAUUGUCUCGCUUAUGCACUGUGAGGCGCUCUGCUCCAUUGCCGGCCCUAUUGACACUACUCCUGAUGCCCCUUCUUCUGCUGUUCAUAUUGUUCGCAGCUGUGAGCCCCGUGUCUGCUGCUGGUGGUCCUGAUGAGUUUCGUCUUCGUCUUGUGCAGUUGGUUCACCGUCAUGGGGCUCGCUCACCCGAAGUCGGGUACUUUGGAAGCGGCAAUGAGUCGUUGAUAUGCGUGGAUGUUCCCUGUGGUCUUCUGAAUGAACCUGGAAAGAAGCAGAUGUUCAACAUGGGCGACUUCCUUCGCCAGCGCUACAAUGGAACUCUUGGCACGCCUGGGGUGGUCGCCACAGGAUUUCUCCCGAGUGUAUACAACGAGACAUUUGUGUAUACCCGAUCAACGGAUAUGCCUCGCACACUGCAGAGCGCCAGUGCUGUCAUAAAUGGAUUGUUUGCCGGCACAGUGCCUGUGUACCCUGUCAUUCACACAGUUCCAUUGACGGAAGAGAAGCUGCUUGGACCGUGGAUGCUUCCUAAUGUGGUUACAGCCGAUAAGCUGGGCCGCGCUGCGUGGGUGCGUGAACGGACCGCCCCAAUGGUGGACAAAAUCUUUCCAACACACGAAGAUAUCCUUGCUGUGGCCCGUGAAGUUCACUCGGAGGGACGGUGUACGGACUACGCUUUGCGUGUGAACUGUGCGCAGAUGCUUGCUGACGUUGCCGCGUGUUACGAACCAAAUGGAUUGUUGGCGAACCUACCGCUUCUCAGUGCAAAUAAAAAGGGACUCUCUGGGGUGAGUGCUGCCCUUACUACAGCGUCUUAUUCAUACAAUCCAGCUGAUGAGAUGCAGCGUCAAAGUGGGAGCUUGGGGCAGGAUCUUAUGCAGGCCAUGUUGAAGAACAUGAAUGAUGUGAUUACGGAGAAGAGCACCUACGGCAUAUAUCACUACAGUGCACACGAUGCAACCAUUGCCCCCUUUGCUGCAACACUUGGUAAUAAUGAUGAUAAUGCGACUUUUUCACCAACUUUUGGCACAACCUACGUGGUGGAGCUACUGGACCGAAUUGUGGAUGGGAAGUUGUACGUUCGUGUGAUCCGCCUGCGCCCUGGACUGACACCUGAGAGUAAUUACAGUAUUGCCUCCUGGCCACUUCCGAUGCGUUGCCAAAACAGCGAUGGCGUUGUGUACGUUGUGAAUGCCACUGACCCGAAUGAGAAUCUCUGUCCGCUGUCGGACUUUACCAGAUUUGUGGAUUCAACCAAGGGGACGAGUCCACUGGGCUCCUGCUACCUGACAGAGGCGAUGAAGACACAGAUGAAUUGCAGUGGGUCCGGUGCCUCCAGUUCUCUCUGCCAGAACUACCGUUCAGCGUGUCCUGACUACGCCUGCGAGAAGGGAACGGUGCUUGACCAGCUGAGCAAGACAUGCGUUCCCGUUGCGGAUUCAUCCUCUGCUGCGGGUGGCAGCACUUCGCCCACUAACGCCGAGAGCAGAACAGACUUGAGUGGUGGGGCCAUUGCAGGCAUUACGAUUGCCACCUUUUUGCUGGGUUUGUUGAUUGCCGGGCUGUUCUCAUUCCUGCUGUAUUUCUGCGUGCGUCGUGUUACAAACAACAAGUCCAACAGCUCUCUGGGGCAGCCGUAG